AGAUGACCCAACCAGCAGAUGCAAUGUCACUGCAGAUGGUAUCAGCAGUCAGUAAUUCAUCCUUGCUUCAGCCGGGUUCUUCCCUGCUGAAUUUUGAUGGGCAUGUCUUCUUUUUUGGGCAGAAAGGAUGGCCGAAGAGAUCCUGUCCCACUGGUGUUUUCUUCCUUGAUAUAAAGCAGAACGAGCUCAAAAUGAAACCUGCUGCCUUCUCUAGGGAUUCCUGUUACCUUCCCCCACUCCGCUACCCAGCUAUUUGCGUGCUUAGAGGCAACGGGGAGCCCGAUAAGCACCAGUAUAUCAUUCAUGGUGGGAAAACACCUAACAAUGAUCUUUCUGAUAAGGUUUACAUUAUGAGUAUGGUAAACAAAACUACCAAGAAAACGACAUUUCAAUGCAUUGAGAAAGAUCUAGAUGGAGAUGUCCCUGAAGCUAGAUAUGGACAUACAAUUAAUGUAGUUCAUAGCCGGGGAAAAAGCAUGAUUGUUAUCUUUGGAGGACGAUCAUAUAUUCCUCUUGCACAGAGAACUACUGAAAAAUGGAAUAGUGUAGUUGACUGUUUGCCAUCUGUGUUUCUUGUUGAUUUUGAGUUUGGAUGCUGUACAUCAUACAUACUUCCAGAGCUUCAAGAUGGACUUUCCUUCCAUGUUUCAGUUGCCAGGAAUGAUACAAUCUACAUUUUGGGAGGCCAUUCACUUCAAAAUAACACCCGGCCUCCCAGCCUGUACAAGCUAAAGGUUGAUCUCCCUCUGGGCAGCCCAGCUGUGACUUGCUCUAUCUUGCCAGGAGGAAUAUCUGUGUCAAGUGGUAUUGUGACUCAAACUGGUGAUACUGAAUUUGUCCUUGUUGGGGGCUACCAGUCUGACAACCAGAAACGGAUGGUCUGUAACACUAUAGUUUUGGAAGAGAAUAAAAUAGAGAUUGUUGAAAGGGCAAGCCCAGACUGGACACCUGAUAUUAGACACUGUAGGACGUGGUUUGGCUGUGAUAUGGGCAAAGGGUCCAUAUUGUUGGGCAUUCCUGGGGCCAACAAACAGUUAAUCUCAGAUGCAAACUACUUCUACAUUUUGAGAUGCAACAGAGCAGAAGAGGAUGAGGAGGAAGAACUGACAGCACAAGCGUGCAGUCAGGCAUCUACCGAAGACCAAGGAGACUCCACUCCAUUUGAAGAUUCCGAAGAGUUUUCUUUUAGUACUGAAGCCAAUAGCUUUGAUGUUGAUGACAUUGAUACUUACAAUGAAGAUGAUGAAGAAGAUGAAUCAGAAACAGGGUACUGGAUCAUCUGCUGCGCCAGCUGCAACAUUGACAUUAACACCUGGGUGCCUUUCUAUUCAACAGAACUCAACAAGCCUGCAAUGAUUUUGUGUUCCAGUGGGACUGGCCAUUGGGUUCAUGCGCAGUGUAUGGAUCUGUCAGAGAGCAUGCUUCUACGGCUCUCAGAAGCAAAUGUCAAGUACUUCUGCAAUGAGCAUGUUGACCUUAAUAAAGGGCUACAAACUCCCAAAAAGGUGGUGCAUCUGAAAAAGCAGCCCAUGAAACGAUUGCACAAAAAGAAAACUUUGAAGUUAACCACACCAGUGAAAAAGUCUUUUCUUCGGAGAUUAUUUGAAUAG